CGUACACCAACCUUCAGAUUAUGGAUACCGAGAAAGACUAUUGCAUCGUCAACAAAGAGCCGCCCGUAACUACCGCCCCUUAUUCAGAUUCUAUUGAACAUGAUACCAAGAUGUUUAUAAAAGGUAACAUAUGUUUCAUCUUUUUUUCUCUCCUAGUAGCAUUUAUUUUACUUGCCGCAUUUAACGCACUUCUCCCCGUUAGCACCUUCGCCGCGGUUGAUACUCGAACAGUGCGGGCAUAGCCAUUCGGACAUGUGUGGCAUUUCUUUUUCUUUUCGCAGAUUUAUGGCUCGGUAGUAGCGGGCGUGAUGGAACGUCGCAGAACAACGAGGAUAAGGUAGGUCGAUACAAGGAUGUGGUCUUGGAGGCUUGUUUCUUUGUAAGACAAGGCAGCGAAAUGGUUUGUGAGAAGUUUAAAAUAUUGUGCAUCGAUAUUCAGGUGUUGAGGAGAAGAAAGUGCACCUGCGGAAAAAGAUUGGAUGAUAGAUGGUAAUUGUCGUGUUCUGGUACUUGAGGGAAAUGUAAAGUCCCUCUUUGGAAAGUGGUGAGAAGCGAUGGAGGGGGUUCUUGUAUUUGUUUAAAAACGCACGUGUGAAGCGUUGAGACAUUGGUGACCUUGUUUGUAAAUGCUGCACCUUGUACACCACGAUCGGCCCGCAAACCCUAGGAGGUAGAAUGCAGUAUGGAAGACUCGGCAUACUCAAAGCAAGCUUCAAUACUAAAA